CGAUGCUCCGCCUGCUCUUGACUGCGAAACGAACUGCGACUGCUGAGCCGAUUAUAAAGGAGAGGUUGCAGCCAAUUGAUCUCACUCUCUACCCUGAAAAACCAAGCUCCUGCUCUUGGUUUUUCAACAUCUACUGGAUCACUCACUCUCUCCAAGCAAGUUUGUGUCUUGGAUGUGGUCCAUGAUGGAGAUGCCUAGGGAUUUGCUCUUGCUCCUAAUUUUGCAGUUGGUUACAUGGAACACCUCAGUGAUAUGUAUGGAGCCGUCCUCCACCGCCACAUCUGGGCCCUCUUACCAAUCUGUCCAGUUCAGAUGUGGAAACACUAUUUGCCCAACAGGCAUGGACUGCAUCAGUAAUAAUGUGUUCACCCGCUGCACUGACCCCUGUGAGCGCUACACUGAGCUGCACCAUGACUGGCGGUCGACAGAUAACACAAUAAAUCUGAACCCACGCUGUGACAGAGAUGUUAACUGGCAAGGCUGGUAUCGUCUGUUCCUGAAUCAAACCAGUGCCCACGUUCCCGAGAGGUGUGUUCAGCAAAACAGGUGUGGAACACACGCUCCCCUAUGGAUAACAGAGCGUCAUCCCACACAGCCAGGAGUGAUUGUAAAUCGGACUGUUUGUAGUCAUUGGAGAUCCGGCUGCUGCUCUUUUAGUUCACACAUCAUCAACGUGAAACUCUGCAACGGAAACUACUACGUCUACAAACUGGUGAAGCCGAUUUCAUGCGCUCUUGCCUACUGUGCAGAGGUGGACAGAACAGACGUUGCAGCUCCUUUGACCACUCCCGGUCCAGGACAGCAAGGCACCUCUCAAACAGCAGCAGUGCACCUGACCACAGAUUCACCAACCACACCUGAUCCAGGAUCUCAGACCUUCACCUCUGCUGCACCCACAUCUGACACCUCUGGAACAACAGCAGUGGACAACAGCACAGGAGUCGAGGGACAGGUCCGCCUGGCCAAUGGAGGAAACAGCUCCUGCUCUGGCAGAGUAGAGAUCUUCCUCCGUGGACAGUGGGGGACAGUGUGUGAUGACCACUGGGACCUGGUUGAUGCUCAGGUGGUGUGCAGACAGCUGGGUUGUGGCAGGGUCCUGUCAGCACCACAAAGUGCACGGUUUGGACAGGGCAGUGGACCCAUCUGGUUGGACGAUGUUGUUUGCUCCGGCAAUGAAUUAAAGCUGACCGAGUGCCGGCACCGAGGGAUUGGAUCUCACAACUGUCAUCACAGUGAGGAUGCUGGUGUCGUCUGUGAAGUUCAACCAGUGGACAACAGCACAGAAGACGAGGGACAGGUCCGCCUGGCCAAUGGAGGAAACAGCUCCUGCUCUGGCAGAGUAGAGAUCUUCCUCCGUGGACAGUGGGGGACGGUGUGUGAUGACCACUGGGACCUGGUUGAUGCUCAGGUGGUGUGCAGACAGCUGGGUUGUGGCAGGGUCCUGUCAGCACCACAACGUGCACGGUUUGGACAGGGCAGUGGACCCAUCUGGUUGGAUGAUGUUGUUUGCUCCGGCAGCGAAUCAACGCUGACCGAGUGCCGGCACCCAGGGAUUGGAUCUCACAACUGUCAACACAGUGAGGAUGCUGGUGUCGUCUGUGAAGUUCAACCAGUGGACAACAGCACAGAAGACGAGGGACAGGUCCGCCUGGCCAAUGGAGGAAACAGCUCCUGCUCUGGCAGAGUAGAGAUCUUGCUCCGUGGACAGUGGGGGACGGUGUGUGAUGACCACUGGGACCUGGUUGAUGCUCAGGUGGUGUGCAGACAGCUGGGUUGUGGCAGGGUCCUGUCAGCACCACAAAGUGCACGGUUUGGACAGGGCAGUGGACCCAUCUGGUUGGACGAUGUUGUUUGCUCCGGCAACGAAUCAACGCUGACCGAGUGCCGGCACCGAGGGAUUGGAUCUCACAACUGUGGUCACAGUGAGGAUGCUGGUGUCGUCUGUGAAGUCCAACGCCCUCCAGCCAAGCAUCCUCAGCUCAUCUGUGGACAUGAUCAAAUUCAAAUGGGGCUAAAUAUGGCUGCCAUAACUUCCAUGGGUUUGAACCCACUCUCCGGAAACCUGGCAGUUCGAAACUGCUCCUGGGUCAGAAUGCAUAAUGAUGUAGUUUGGUAUGAGGUGGACGCUCAGGCAGGUGCCUGUGGAAACACACUGACGACCAACCGUACACACGCCAUCUACUCCAACAGUUUAUAUCUCUACCGAGAAAAUGUGUCCUUCUCACGUCCUGUGAGUUUUCCCUUCUCCUGUGUGUAUCCUCUCGACACAGACACCAGCAUGAAUGUGGCAAUCAGACCAGUGCUGCCGUUUGCAGUUGGCCUCUCAGGCUUAGGUAGCAAAGCUCGAGCCUCCAUGUCUCUGUUCCGCACCUCCAGCUUCACUCAGCCUUAUCCAUCUGGCUUGAUCAUGCUCCCUGUGGGCUCACAUCUGCAUGUGGGCGUCUCUGUAUUAGUCAGAGACCCAAGCUUUGUAGUUGUCCUGGAGAACUGCUACGCCUCUGACUCAUCAAACUCCAAUGAUACUGCACGAUACUUUUUCAUCCAGAACAAGUGCCCCAAUGACCGACAGCAAGUGGAAGUUAUCGAGAGCGGCUCAUCCCGACAGGCUUGUUUCUCCGCCCUGUUUCUCCUGAUCCACGGUGAAUACAGUGAUAUUUACCUCCACUGCAGCCUCAGCCUGUGUGACCAGAGGAGCUCCCGCUGUGCCCCAUCUUGCAGAAGAAGGACAUCUCGUUCUGUUUCCAGCUCUGCUCCUCUGAAGCCCCUCACCAUUGGACCAAUCUCUUGGUACAAGUCACCUGAGUGAGCUGGUAACAUAUAAUAAAUACAUAAUAUAACGAGUUUGUAAUAACUAGGGCUGUGAAAUGAUUAAAAUUUUUAAUCAAAUUAAUCACAGGUUUCUAUGGAUUAAUCAUGAUUAAUCACAUUACCGAUUUUCUCGGAAUAUUUUUGUGAAAACAAGAUUUAUGACAUUUAACUUUCUUUUGUGCUGCAACUCAGCAGUUCUUCAGCAGUUAUCAUUGCUUUUCCAUAUGGAACAUUAAUAUAAUCUUCAUCCUAAACAAUAUUCGGGCUCCUUAGCCAUUGUGUGGUUGAAUAAAACUUCUUUUUUUUUUAAAAUCAAACAGAAAUUAUUUGAGCUUCUUAGCCAUAGGAUGGUUGACAUUUUUUAUAUUUUUUGUCACACAACCAUUAACCACACCAUGAUACAAUCUAAUGCCUCUAAAGGCCCUCUUAGCUACUCGUUCUUUAGCCAGUUGGUGAGGCAAACUAACUUGUUCAAAUUCUCUGACAGUAAAGCUGACCGCUUCUUUUGCACAAUGUGUCCGGCGAGUGAGUCUGGUUUGGCGCAUUCCACUUGAACGCCCCUCGCCAACCAACACAUGCUUCGCGUUGCGGUGGUUAGGCGGGUAUUGCUACGGUGAAACGAUAACGUCUUCUCGCAGAGUGUGCAUAUCACCUUGGUUUUACUGAAUGUUCGAUCUUUGUUUUUUUGGAACACGAUCUUCCCGUCCAGAAGGUCCUCAGGUUCAUCAGAAUUAUCCAUGUUGUUUGUUUGUUUGACUGGCAGCUGCCGUCUGACUGCAUUAGAGCGGCGACUAGUGCAGAGGCGGCGGAAUUGGAAGGUCCUUCUGCGCAUGCGUUAAAUGCGUUAAAAAAAAAAAACGAAUUAAUCCUGUAAUUUAAUCAUAACGCGUUAACGCGUUAUUUUUCACAGCUCUAGUAAUAACAUAAACUCAUUUCAUAGUGUGAUAUUAUUUUGUGUUUGAAUUCCUUAAAUCAUAAAUCGAUAAUAAAAAAACACAUGUUACAUUGCAUAAUUGAAUUGUAACACACACUGGUUUUCCUGAUUUGUAUUAGCUGUGUAAUGAGGUGUGAAAUGAUUGAAGAAAAUAAAAAUCAACGUCAGAGUA